AUGUCCGCUGGACUCACAUUCAUGUGCAGGUCCGGCGAGGAGGGCUUGCCGCUCAUUGCUCCGGCGCAUGUCACUCACUCACAGCACUCGCGGGCGCGGGCGCGGGCGUGCGCUCUGCGUGAUCCCGGCGACCGCGACUGCCGCACGCCGGCCCCCACCUCACCACGCGGCCCCCACCGCUACCGGCUGCCUCAUUUCUCACUA